AUGGUUUCAUCUCGUUUAUUUAAUAAUAUUGGAAGAAUUGGUAUUUGUUUAGCUAUUGUUGGUGGUGUGAUUAAUUGUAUGCUUUAUAAUGUUGAUGAUGGUCAUCGAGAUGUUAUUUUUGAUCAUUUUCAAGGUGUUAAACUAGAUGUUAUUGAAGAAGGAACUCAUUUUAUGAUUUCAUGGCUUCAUAGACCAAUUAUAUUUGAUAUUCGUACAUGA